CUAAGCUUAGAAAGCGCCGAAUUCGGGACCUGCGCAGUCAACUGCGAGCAAACGGAAGUCCAGGAGCCGUGGCCCUCUCCCUCCGAAGCGAGUGGGGCGCGUUUGCUGGCUCCUUCUCUCUCGGUUUCUGUCGCCUUCUCCCUCCCUCUCUUCCCCCUUCCCUCUCUCCCACUCUCCUCUUUUGCCCUCUCCCUCCGACGGUCGGCCAGGCGCUUCAGGCAGUCGGCGGCGGUGUGCCCUCGUCUUCUCGUUGCUGGGGUGCAGUCCGUCCUUUAGGAUCCCUGUUGAGUAUCUGUCUGAAAAGCUGGGUCCCAUUUUACCUGUCAGAUAAGCGCAUCCUGAAGUUAGUCUUAUAUGUGGACAACUUGUUAAGAGAUACAGUGAAGAAGGUGAGGAAGCCAGCCAGUCUGUUUGGAAGAUACCUGGGACAGAACAAGGCACAACUAAGUGUUUGACCAUCAUGCCCAAGUUUUACUGUGAUUACUGUGACACGUACCUCACUCAUGAUUCUCCAUCUGUGAGGAAGACACACUGCAGCGGGAGGAAGCAUAAAGAGAAUGUGAGAGACUAUUAUCAGAAAUGGAUGGAAGAGCAAGCCCAGAGUCUGAUUGAUAAAACAACCACUGCAUUUCAGCAAGGAAGAAUUCCUCCCAACCUGUUCUCUGCUCCUCCGCUAGGAGGGCCUAUGAUCCCACCUCCUCACCCUAGCAUGAUGGGGCCUCCCCCUCCUGGAAUGAUGCCUGUGGGGCCACCUCCUGGCAUGAGGAUGCCCAUGGGAGGCCACAUGCCUAUGAUGCCUGGCCCUCCAAUGAUGAGGCCCCUUCCUCAUCCCAUGAUGGUGCCCACCCGCCCAGCAAUGCCCAGACCAGACAGAUAA